AGUAUAUAUCUGUACAAAAUAUCUCUUCUGAAUUGCUUCGUUUCUUGUGCCCCGGGAAAGCAUAUUUCCGAAUUAUCGAGCUCACCACCGUUCCACAGAUCACCGGAGAAUGAGUCACCCUGCUGAGUCGUCUGACGCCAAGGAUGGGAAGAAGGACUUCUCGACUGCGAUUUUGGAGAGGAAGAAGGCUCCGAAUCGGCUGGUUGUUGAUGAGGCCGUCAACGACGAUAACUCAGUUGUCUCUCUGCACCCUGCCACCAUGGAGAAGCUCCAGCUUUUCCGCGGUGACACGAUUUUGAUUAAGGGGAAGAAAAGAAAGGACACAGUGUGUAUUGCCCUUGCCGAUGAGACAUGCGAAGAGCCAAAGGUUAGGAUGAACAAGGUUGUGAGGUCUAAUCUGAGGGUCCGUUUGGGUGAUGUUGUAUCUUUGCACCAAUGUCAAGACGUUAAAUACGGAAAGCGUGUUCACAUUCUGCCUUUGGAUGAUACUAUUGAGGGCCUCACUGGGGAUCUAUUUGAUGCUUAUCUCAAACCUUACUUUAUGGAGGCUUAUCGCCCUGUCAGGAAAGGAGACCAUUUUCUUGUGCGAGGAGGGAUGAGAAGCGUCGAAUUUAAAGUUGUUGAGACUGAUCCAGGGGAGUACUGUGUUGUUUCCCCUGAUACUGAAAUCUUCUGCGAGGGCGAGCCUGUGAAGCGAGAGGAUGAGGAUAAGUUGGAUGAGGUUGGAUAUGAUGAUGUCGGUGGUGUUAGAAAGCAGAUGGCUCAGAUUCGAGAAUUAGUUGAGUUGCCGUUGAGACAUCCUCAGCUGUUCAAAUCUAUUGGGGUCAAACCCCCCAAGGGGAUUCUCCUUUACGGACCGCCAGGUUCUGGCAAGACUUUAAUUGCUCGAGCCGUUGCUAAUGAAACCGGGGCUUUCUUCUUUCUUAUCAAUGGUCCAGAGAUCAUGUCUAAAUUGGCCGGAGAGAGCGAGAGCAAUCUUAGAAAGGCUUUUGAGGAGGCUGAAAAAAAUGCACCGGCUAUUAUUUUUAUCGAUGAAAUUGAUUCCAUAGCUCCGAAGCGAGAGAAGACACAUGGCGAAGUUGAAAGAAGGAUAGUUUCGCAACUCUUGACUCUCAUGGAUGGGCUCAAGUCUCGUUCCCAUGUCAUUGUCAUGGGGGCAACUAAUAGGCCAAACACCAUUGAUCCGGCUCUUAGAAGGUUUGGUAGGUUCGACAGGGAGAUAGAUAUUGGUGUUCCUGAUGAAGUGGGACGACUUGAAAUUCUCAGGAUUCAUACCAAAAACAUGAAACUUUCCGAUGAUGUUGAUUUAGAACGAAUCGCAAAAGAUACCCACGGUUAUGUUGGCGCCGACCUUGCAGCGCUUUGCACCGAAGCAGCACUUCAAUGCAUCAGAGAGAAAAUGGACAUCAUCGAUUUGGAAGACGACACAAUCGAUGCUGAGAUACUAAAUUCCAUGGCUGUUACAAACGAUCACUUCCACACUGCACUUGGAUCAAGCAAUCCUUCUGCUCUACGGGAGACAGUCGUCGAAGUGCCUAAUGUCUCUUGGGAUGACAUCGGCGGGCUUGAAAAUGUCAAGAGAGAGCUUCAGGAGACUGUUCAAUAUCCCGUGGAACAUCCCGAGAAAUUUGAGAAAUUCGGCAUGUCGCCCUCAAAGGGUGUUCUAUUCUACGGCCCUCCUGGUUGCGGCAAAACACUUCUAGCCAAGGCCAUAGCCAACGAAUGUCAAGCCAACUUUAUCAGCGUUAAAGGACCCGAGCUUCUUACCAUGUGGUUCGGAGAGAGUGAAGCCAACGUUCGGGAAAUAUUCGACAAGGCCAGACAAUCUGCGCCAUGUGUCCUCUUCUUCGACGAGCUCGAUUCCAUCGCUACCCAGAGAGGCGGCAGCGUCGGCGACGCCGGUGGCGCCGCCGAUCGAGUUCUCAACCAACUCCUAACCGAAAUGGACGGCAUGAAUGCGAAGAAAACCGUAUUCAUAAUCGGGGCGACUAACAGACCCGACAUAAUUGAUCCGGCCCUUCUUCGCCCGGGCCGUCUUGAUCAGCUUAUUUACAUUCCUCUCCCCGAUGAAGAUUCCCGUCAUCAGAUCUUCAAAGCUUGCCUCCGAAAAUCGCCACUUUCCAAAGAUGUCGAUCUCCGAGCUCUCGCCAAAUACACUCAAGGAUUCAGUGGAGCCGAUAUUACGGAAAUCUGCCAACGCGCUGCUAAAUACGCCAUCCGGGAGAACAUCGAGAAAGACAUAGAAAGAGAGAGGAGGAGAGCGAAGAAUCCCGACUCCAUGGACGAGGAUGUCGAUGAAGAAGUGUCGGAGAUCAAGCCAGCUCAUUUCGAGGAGUCGAUGAAAUUUGCGCGCCGUAGCGUGAGCGAUGCCGAUAUACGUAAGUACCAGGCUUUUGCGCAGACCUUGCAGCAGUCGCGGGGGCUCGGAACUGAGUUCCGGUUUGCUGAGUCGGCCGCCGGAGCAUCCGGAUCCGACCCGUUUUCUGCCCCUGCCGGAGGAGCUGACGACGACGACCUGUAUAGUUAGGCAGGUAGGUUUCCAAUCCAGUUCCAGGGUUAUAAAUAAGACAUCCAGCCAGAAGCGUGUGUGUGAUCAGUUAUUGUACAGUAAAUAACAACUUUUCACACGUGCACAACUUGUCCGUACUUGAGCAACGAAUUUGUCGUUUAAUUUCUUAGUUGUAAACAAAUACCAUACUAUUCUA